AUGGUCACAAUAGACAAGAAGAAAGUAGACGUAACAGUCAAGGAUCUCUACAAUAGGUUCAAGUUCCUUGGGAACCAGCAGACUAUCAAUGAUAGCUUCUUUACUUACACAGAAGAUAGCCAUGUAGUUCCUGAAGAUCCUUCAGGCAGAGAUGGACCUCAUUCAGCUCAUAAAGUAGAAAAGAGACGGGUUCUUGGCAAGAGCAGAAUUUCUCAGUUCAGAAAUUUGCCCACUUAUAAGCUAAAAUUCACUCACAUUGAUGCGAAUGUCAGAAAAUAGCCCGAUUGUUCCUAAAGUUGACAAAAACCUGGCAUCAAAUAUCUAUAGAGUUCUGUGAUACAGCAUGCAAUAUGGGAAUGAUAAUGAUCCAUAUAGAGCGUACUUAGACCUGAAAAACCACCGAGUUAAGACAUUCAUCACCUUAAUCGAGGCAAGAAGUCUCAUUAACAUUGUUGAAAAGGCGAUGAAAUGAUACCAAGAAACCGCAGUAGGAUUUGAUUCAAGCAUAAAAGUAGUAUCAAUCUUUGAUUACAAGGUCUAUUUCAUCCAAGAGAACAGCCAAUGCAUGAUGAUCUUCGGCAAGUUCAAGCACUGUGGAGUUAAUUACAGAAAAUCUGACCCAGACUUGAUAUUCAGAAAGAACGAAGUUCUUGGUGACCAAGAACUUAAAUGGAGUAUGAUCGUCAUUUUCAAUAAUUUGAAAGCAUUAUUCAAAGCUUCGAACAAUAUUUCAAAAGAUCAUAUACAAGAGGUGGGAUCAAUGAGCCAGCAAGAAAAGGUUAGCGUAACAGAUUUCUUAAUUCCAUCAGAUGGUGACUCAGAGAGCAGCGAGAGUGAAGAAUACAGUGAAUCAUUGGAGGAGGACGAUGCUGAUAAGGUUAAAGAUGUACGGUACUCAAAGUUACUUCAUAUGUUCAGGUAUUUAAAAUAACUUGAACCCCAACUUGCUGCAUUCAAAUUCCUUAGCAAUGACGAACAAGUUCACGGAUCUUUUAAAGGAAUGAGUCGAAAUUCAACUCUUAAAGUUUUUACCUUCCCAGUAUUUUUUGGUGAUAGGAAAUAUGAAGAGAAUAAAGAUCGUCUAUAAGCACGCAUUUAGAGAUCAGAGUAAAGAAGAUGAUUAUACUGAUCUUUCUCAAAACUUGUUUUUCUUGGAAUUGCUGAACCACCAAAUCCAUAAAUACUUCAUGAGAGUAAAAGCUAAACAAAGUAGGACGAAUGGUGAAGGAUCCAUGAAUGCAUACAUAAAAUCCACUGCAAACUCAGGUACUAAAUCUAAGAUGAAUGGGCAAAUAUACUCAUCCAACAAUGAAGAACACAAAUACAUUGACGAAGAUACCCAAAUUGUUGACUUAAUCAAAGAGAACUCUGACGCAUUCGAGUACAUGAUUCCUGGAUACCUCAUCAGAAUCUCCAGAAUAGACGGCAUCUCUAAAAUGUCUCAUAAUGAUAGAUAUUACUCAGUCAUGAUCUUCCAAAGAUACAUCAGAAGAAGGAGACUGUCGAAAAAGGAAAAAGAAACUGAUAAGAAUGACAGAUAUGUCAAUAGUUAUGGUGUCCUUCCUGCAGCAAAUCUUCAAGAGAGACAGAUCAUUUGCAAUUCUUUCUCCCAAUUUGUAAGAAAUAAUCUUGUUGUUGAUAGUAAGACCUUUGUCCAAAGCGCAAUGACUCCGUCAACGAGGAAGAAAAUUCUCAGUGAGACUAAGAAUAGAAGACUGAGCCUUAAUGAUAAAAAGACUAAUGUGCUUCUCCAGUCCUAUAUCCAAUCUAAAGAGAUCAAAAGGUAUAGAAACAUCAAGAAGAACCCUUUAAGGAUAAGUAACCAUAUCAGAAUUGCUGAAUCUCCCUUUGAUAAGAAUGGAGAAAUUGGUCCAGAGAGCAUUCAUCUGCAAAUGCAGCUUAGCAAUAACAUUGGCCCUCUUGAUUCUGGUGAAACUGGAAGCAUUGAUAGUGGAGGAACUGAUAAUAUCUAUCCAGAAUUUUAUUAUGAAAGUGGCAUAGGCAGUGGAAUGUUUGAUGAUGUCCUUGACAAAGACCUAAAUAAUUACAAAUCUACCUCAAAGACCAUCAAAAGCAUAAAAAAAAUAGAUAAUGAAGGAUUCUCCCAAUUUUUCGAUGAAGAAUCAAGCAUUGCUCCUUCCCAAUACGACUCUGAAAGUCAAACUCCAAAGGAAUUAAAGAGCCGAGGAGCCUUCAACUAUCCCAGAAGAGACGUAAUGGCACCUGAUAUUUCUGAGACAGGAAGUAUUGCCAGCAAUUUCUUCGCAGGACAAGAAAACUCAAUAGUAAAUCUUCAAGCACCUGAAAGAAUGGCGGAGAGGCAAGAUUCCCCUAACAAUCUAAGGAAUCCUUCACUACAAUCACACCAAGAUGCGGAGGCAGAGUCCUCUUCUGAAUCAGUAGGCUCAGAGGAAAGUUCAAGCUACAAAACUGUGAAAAGCGAAUCCUCCCUCAUUGGAAAAGCUUAAUUAAAAUUAGUCUUAGUUGUUUUCAACAUGAAGGAAGCUUAAU